UGAUGCGUAGGGGGCGGUGAAAUGAAAUGUUUGUUUUUCUCAUAAAACUAAACGUUUCAUAACCUCACAAAGAAUAUUCUCUCAUAAACAAAAACUAUGAAACCAAAGACGAGGUGUCUGUGUGUGACUCUUUUGUUGUUUGCUAAUAAUAUAGUGUCUUCAUUACAACAAACGAAGCAACCAAACAUCGUGUUCAUUGUAGCAGAUGAUCUAGGCUGGAAUGAUGUAGGAUGGAACAACCCAGAGAUGAUAACUCCCAAUCUAGACAAACUCGCACAUGGUGGUGUAAUUCUCAAUCACUCCUAUGUACAACCAGUUUGCUCUCCGUCUAGGACAGCUUUCAUGACUGGUUAUUAUCCAUUUCGUGUAGGCUUACAGCACAGUGUCAUAUGGCCAUUGCAGCCACACGGUGUGCAACUUAACAAAACAUUUUUACCUCAAGAAUUAAAGCGACUUGGAUAUGCAACACAUGUCGUUGGGAAGUGGCACUUAGGAUUUUGUAAGUGGGCCUACACACCGCUCGAACGAGGUUUCGAUAGCUUUCUCGGUUAUUACACGGGAAGCGAAGACUAUUACACGCAUGAGCGCACCGUUGGGAAAUGUCAUGGCAUUGACUUGAGAUUUAACAAUUCAUCCUUGAAGACAGAGAAUAGCACCUAUUCAACUCACCUGUUCGCGAGACGGGCUGUCGAUGUCAUUAACGAGCAUGACACAAGUCGCCCGCUGUUCAUGUAUCUACCGUUCCAAGCUGUGCACUCGCCACUACAGGUGCCAGCCAAGUACAGUCGCAUGUAUGAACACAUACGGGAUCACCAGCGCAGGAAGUAUUGCGGUAUGGUAAGUGCGCUGGAUGAAGCUGUGGGCAACGUCACGGCUGCAUUGAAGCGUAGAGGACAGCUGGAAAAUACACUCAUCGUAUUCACUACCGACAACGGAGGCCAAACGAAAUCGGGCGGGAACAACUACCCUCUUCGAGGCAACAAGGCGACACUGUGGGAGGGAGGAACCCGCGGCGUCAGCUUUGUGCACGGUGCCGGAGUGGGGAACCCUGGUUCUGUACGCAGCGACCUGUUUCAUGCAGUGGAUUGGUUUCCAACUAUUGUAGCAGCAGCUCAGGGAAAAACAAGUUCUGCGAUAGAUGGCUUGAGCCAUUGGGCAUCACUAAGUAAAGGGAAGCCUGGGCCGAGACACGAAUUUGUCUACAAUAUUGAUCAGAUCAAAGGGAAUUCGGCUAUCAGGUUGGGGCAGUACAAGUUAAUAGAAGGGCCACCUGGGGAGCCAUCUGGCUGGAUUUUCCCUCCAACAUCAUGGAGUGGUGGGAAGCACAUUGACAGGCUAUGGGGAUCAGAGUCUGCGAUAAUGGAUAGACAAAAUGUAUCUGUCUACCUGUUCAACCUUGAAUUCGAUCCAAACGAGCAUUACAACCUCGCCGAUGUUUAUCCGGAACUUGUUGCCAGUCUCAGUCAAAGACUGGCGGAAUACCACAAACAAGCAGUUUGGCCAGACUUCCCUCCAGAUGACAGCAGAGGCGAUCCUGCGCAUUUCAAGGGUUUCUGGUCUCCGGGCUGGUGUUAGACCCUAGUGUAGAUUUCACUCCUUAUGAGAGAGUACCUCAUUGUUUGCUAAGAGGUGCAUGCUCGCUGUGCAAAAGUAAGGAGCUGUCAAUUUUCUUUCUCCUGUAGUGAUUCUGCGUCCAGAAUUAACAUUGGGAUCGUAACUAGGAAUUAAGUUGUGAGAGAUUGCAUUUCAUAAUGCAAGUAAAUAGUUAUUAGUGAACAGAGGAUGCUCAUGGUAAUUGGACCUAAUUUGUAUAUAAUCGAAGGAAAGUGUGUGAGCAUAACAUAUAAGGUGAGAAAUGUUAAAGUGUAAGCAUGGUUAUUCUAUCACAUAACUGAUCAGUAAAUAGUUGCUAAGUCCUUUACCACUGAUAAUAUCGUGGUAAAAUUAAUUGUAUGUCAUAUUAUAAAUGAUGACAAUUGAUGAUGUGAUUCACAAAACUCGUUUCAUCAAAAUAACUGGCAAUUCGUUACAACUCUUCAGUCUAAACUGCCUGUCUUUGUGAACGAUUAUGUAUUUCUUAUGUAUACUGUUGCUCAUAGGGUCUAUGUCCCCUAGGGUACUGCCACCGGAAUGUACCCUGGUAACUAUCUGAUAUGGUUAGGG